AUGUUAUGGAUAAGAACAGUACUUACUCACCAGUUUCAUGGCCACCAAAGUUUUGGGCACGUAACAAUAGCCUUCACAGUGUCCAUGUUGAUUGGACUAGUGAUUGGAGGGAUCAUCUGGGCUUUAUUCACCUGCUUGUCCCGUCGCAGAGCUAGUGCCCACAUUUCCCAGGGUAAUUCUUCACUCUUCACUCGCCGGUCCAGACCCACAUCCCACUCUUCUAGCAGGACUGGAUUUUACCGUAACAGCAGCUGUGAACGUCGAAGCAACCUCAGUCUGGCCAGCCUCACCUUCCAGCGGCAAGCCUCCUUGGAACAAGCCAACUCUUUCCCCAGGAAGUCAAGUUUCCGUGCAUCCACCUUCCACCCUUUUCUGCAGUCUCCUCCCCUCCCUGUGGAGACAAACAGUCAGCUGAUCACCCUCACUCCCACCAACACCACUACAACCCUCGUGGGAAGCACAACCAACAGUUUAAGUCGACCUGAAUUCCACUGGUCUAACAAUAGCCUCCGUAUCUGCCACUCCACACAAACCCCUCCUCCUGCAUAUGAAACCAUCAUAAAAGCAUUUCCAGACUCCUGAGAUAGGACCUUGCCACAAACACACAGUUAUUUUUGGAGGAACCUCAAUCAUCCCAAGCAAUUUUCUGUGCAUGCUGAAGAUCUCCAAGAAGUCUCCAGCUGCUGUGACACAUUGCAGAGGGCAUGUGCACUGCCAGGAGGCAGGUAGUGCUGAUUUCUUAGAGAGUUAUGUCCCACCAUCCAAUGAAUCACUUGUUUUUGCACUACCGCCUCUAAUUUACUGCUUUGCAACAUGCUAACAUACUUCUACUGCUGUAUUGUAGCCACUAUAUUUUUUUCUUCAGGGGAAAGAAAAUGCUGCUGCAUUAAAAAAAAAAAUCAUUUCUCAAAGAGAAUUUUAGAAAUUACUGAUACAAACAUUAUUGCAAUUUUCACUAUUCAGUUCAUUUUUAAAUAGCAAACAAACAAAUUAAACCCAAACUUUCUGGUUCUGUGCAUUUUCCCAAGGAUAUUUAUAUUUAUUCCAAUGAACACUUCCAUUAACCAGCUUCUCACUAUAAUCGUACAAGUUUCGAAAUGAGGAACCUUAGACAAAAGCCAUGCAGAAGAUUUAACAUCACAGUUCCAUCCAUGGUUCCAUUGAUUGCAGAGAACCUUAAAAAGAUUCCAUGUUAGAUCUGUUUGUGUGAAAUUACCCACAGUAUGAGAAAAAUGUUAAGGUAUAUCAUCCUUCAUGUAAAGAAAAGUUUUGAAGAGCAUAUUAAGUGCUUGAUGACAGUCUUUGAGAAUUUUCUAUCUCCUGCCAGCUGAAGAGGUAGCCACCUUUUAACGCCCAAGAAGGCUGUAUGGGAACGGAAAACCUGAUGUCUCUCUCAUUUGUCUGGUUAUGGUUAGCAAGAUAAGCAUUGCAUGAAUGACCACUAGUUUUUUAAUUAAGUUUCCUGCUUUGCUGUGAGAUUGCUCAUUUCCUUAUUUAAAAUUAUAUUUCUCAAAUAGCACAAAAUUUUAAUUCUUCCUGGAAAGUUAUUCACUGAAAUCUUGCCUUUCAUUAACAGCAUUUUAGAUGUUUACAACUGAACACUGGUAUUGUACAGUUGCGUGUAACAUGAAGAUAAAGAUGGAAUUUUAGUUGAGGUUAACUUACAUUCUUGACUGUUAUAGUCAACUGUCUUAGUUGAGACUAAUUGUACCAACAUGACAAGUUCAGGAUUUUGAACUAACACAUAAAUGGGGGUGUUUUGAAAUUUAUUAUAUCAAUUUUCUGUUAGGUCUUGCAUGUUUGAAUAAAGACAAAAGAAUUUCCACAAGUAGGAGAAGAGUCUUACUCCUCACUUAGAAAUAGACAUUUAAUUCCUAAAUCUGCUUGACAGCUACCACCUGAAGGACCCCCGAUCCUGAAGAGUUGUUCCUGUGUUUCAGCAGAGAACCUGAGUCCUCACCUGUUCUCUGAGAGGGACAAGGAUUCAGCAGAUUUUGAGAAUGGGCAAAAUGUUUCGCACCUUACUUUGCAGGCUUUUGGCGUCUAGCAGCUCACAUUUCUCUGCAGAGCCCAGCAUCCUUUGUGUAGCACUACUGAUCUCUUAACUACAGUCUUCCAGCCACAAAUCUUUCCAUCUGCAAACAUUGCUACAAAUACUGAACUUACAAGUAUUACUUAUUAUAAACUACAAGUAUUCUUUCUUAUAAAAGCAAGUUAUUAUGCAUUUAUUUACUGGCUGGCUUUCAUGUUUUAUUUUUAGUGUACCUUUUUUUUUCCCCUUCUGGAGGAAUGUAUGUCAGUGCUAGAACAACAACUUACUGUGUUUACAUUUUUCAUAGCAGACACUUUGAGUUCCAGUACAUUGAAGACUUGCUGAUAAGGCUGCAAAAUUGCAUUUGGCUAAUCACAGGCUACAGGCUUAAAAAAAAGUAGUCCUCUGGAGAAAAGCAGCUUUGUUAUUUUAUUCUCUAAUAAUAUUUUUUCUCUUAUAGUCUUAUUGAGUCUGAUGAACUUCAUUGCAUACGAGUGCUUUCAUGGUCUCCUAGUUCUAGAAUAGGUAACACUGCCUUUUCUGACGUGCUUUCAAAAAGCAGAAUUCACACCUUCUCCCUUUGCAUAUUGAGUCUAUUGGACUGACUGUUUGAAAAGACAGCUUGGCAUACAGCACCUAGCUGGCCAAAACUGCUCUAUCCUUGAGAGAAAUCAUUCCAGAUGAGUGAUUUUUUUUUACUUGUGGUUUAAGAUGAAAAUUACAUAUUUUCUUAGUAUAUUACUUAUAUUAAAGAAUAUUUAGCAUACAAUGUAGACAAGUUUAAACGUACUGUAUUUUUUAUCGUGAACACUGGAUAUCAAAAUAUUUUUAAUUUCCCUUGGAUUAGGGAGAUGAAAAACACAGAUUGUUUGAUGCAUAACAAGGAUUGUUGGAUAUCAGUUUUAACAAUAUCUGAAGUUGAUGUUUUGUAAGUUCUCCAGAAGUGCAGAAUGUGAAAUAAAGAUAGGUGUUAUAAUCUUGACCUCAUGGGUUUUGUUUUUUUCAAAAAUCAACGUGUUGACUUUUAUAAAAAAUACUUAAAUGGAAGUUUACUAUCUUGAAUUAUUCAGGCUGAUGUAGUUCGGAAUGUUAAUGGAGAUUUGAUCUUUCCUCUUCUCUAUGGAGAGACAGACCAUUGAUGAUGAUAGUA